ACGUUUUUCAUUGACAAUUGUCAGCUAAAGAAGAAUAGUAAACUUUUACGCAUUGAUUGGGAGAAAUUUACUGCUACUUUUCUUUUUUUUUACAAUUUAUUUGUGCUGACUCAACCAAGUGGGGAUAAAAUAAAGAAAAUCCGUUCCUAAUUAAUACUUGAGUGUUAGCUGCUUUACUACAAAAUGGAUUUCGGUGAUGAUUUUGCACCUAAAGAAGAAGUUGAUCCCGCUGCGGAGUUUUUAGCACGUGAGCAAUCCGUGCUCGGUGAUCUUGAAUCUGAAAUAGUACCACCUGCAAGUACUAAUGUUAGCGCACCGGCCAGCAGUGAUGGCAACGGUCUACUCGGUGGUGAUGAUCUUGCACCCAGCGCGGUAGGUGGUGGACUCGGCUCAUCUACUGGUAGCUUUGAAAUGAUCGGUGGCGAAUCGAAUGAACCAGUUGGUAUUUCAGGCCCACCACCAUCACGUAUUGAACCAGAAAAAAUAAGAAAAUGGCGUGAAGAACAAAAACAACGACUCGAAGAGAAGGAUCAAGAGGAGGAACGCAAAAAAGAAGAAUUGCGUCAACAAGCUAAGCAAGAAUUAGAUGAUUGGUUGCGUCAAACAGAAGAGUCUAUUGCUAAAACCAAAGCUGCAUCACGUAAUGCUGAAAAACAAGCCGCAGCGCUUGAAAAUGGUGGUCCACUGGAGCCGGGCACCGAAUGGGAACGCAUUGCAAAAUUGUGCGAUUUCAAUCCGAAAGUGAACAAAUCGGGCAAGGAUGUGUCGCGUAUGCGUUCCAUUUACUUGCAUUUAAAGCAGAAUCCCAUACCACUAAAGACAGCCUAAUAAUAAUCAAAUAGUAAAUCGAAACAAAAAACAAUCGUAGUACUAAACUAAAACAUUCACAUAUAAACGAGUUUAUUAAUAGUAUUUCGGUCUAGAAUUUACAAUACAUUUGCGCUGUUUCUUAUUUGGACUGCUUGAUUUUUUUUUUUUGCAUAUUUUGUUUCACAAAAGGAGUUAGUGAAUUUAGUAUU